AGCCUGGCGGCAGUGGUGGGCUUCCUCAUCGUCUUCACCAUCGUGGGCAACGUGCUGGUGGUGAUCGCCGUGCUCACCAGCCGGGCGCUGAGAGCCCCCCAGAACCUCUUCCUGGUGUCCCUGGCCAGCGCGGACAUCCUGGUGGCUACCCUGGUCAUGCCUUUCUCUUUAGCCAACGAGCUCAUGAAUUACUGGUACUUCGGCAAGGCUUGGUGUAACAUUUACCUGGCGCUGGACGUGCUCUUCUGCACCUCCUCCAUCGUCCACCUGUGUGCCAUCAGCCUCGACAGGUAUUGGUCGGUCACACAGGCGGUGGAGUACAACCUCAAACGGACCCCCCGGCGGAUCAAGGCCAUCAUCCUCACUGUCUGGCUCAUUUCAGCUGUCAUCUCCUUCCCGCCAUUGAUCUCCAUGUACCGGGACCCUGAAGGAGAUGUCUUUCCCCAGUGCAAGCUCAAUGAUGAGACAUGGUACAUCCUUUCUUCAUGCAUUGGCUCUUUCUUUGCUCCCUGCCUCAUCAUGGUGUUGGUCUAUAUCCGCAUCUACCGCGUGGCCAAGCUAAGGACCAGGACCCUCUCUGAGAAGCGUACGAUGCCAGAGGGGUCCUCCCAGACGGAGAACGGCUUGAGCCGCGCUGCUGGCGGCUGCACGUCCCUGAGGAUGCAGCUGGGAGAGAAUGGACAUUAUUCAGUGCACCACUGGCGCAAAGCCUCUGAGCUGGAGGACAUUGAGCUGGAGGAGAGCAGCACCUCAGAGAGUAGACGGAGGCGGAGCCGGGAGGAGCAUCCCCGCAAAAGCAGCAAGAGCCAGUCCUUCUCCUACUCAUAUUCCUCCAAGCACUCUAGUAGCCGUCUGUCCCGCUCUAGCAAUCGCUCCAUGCAGUUCUUCUCAUAUCGCCGUCGCCGGAAGCGUAGCAGCAUCUGCCGUAAGAAAGUCACCCAGGCCCGGGAGAAACGCUUCACUUUUGUGCUGGCCGUGGUCAUGGGGGUCUUUGUAGUUUGCUGGUUCCCUUUCUUCUUCAGCUACAGCCUUUACGGUAUUUGCCGGGAGGCAUGUGAGGUCCCCGAGACUCUCUUCAAGUUCUUCUUCUGGAUUGGGUAUUGCAAUAGCUCCCUCAACCCAGUCAUCUACACCAUCUUCAACCAGGACUUCCGCAGGUCCUUUAAACACAUUCUCUUCAAGAAGAAGAAGAAGAACUUCCGGCAUUGAGCUGGAGGGAUGGAUUUGCCUUGAGCAGGAGUAGAGUUAAAAGUGAAGGAGAAGGCUCUAUGCUGAAAAGGAAGGGAGGGCAGAGAACAUGGGGUUUGGGCUUAGAGAGAAGGAAGAGGGCUCGCCCCUUCGAUGGAGCAGAGUGAUGCCGUCGGGUAUGGGGAUGGUCUUGGGGAGGCUGAGGGCAUUCACCGUGGUACAGAGUGGCAACAUGGUGCUGGAGUGCAGGUGGGUAACCAGGGAGGGCAGUUAGUGUCUUUGAACCCUGACGGAGGGCAUAGGGAGUCCACAGAGGAAAAUAGGCUAAGACACUGAGUUUG